GGCGGAGCCGUCUCUAUGGCAACCCGCGCGCAGCGCAGGCAGCUCGGUCUGGCGGGAAGCGGGUGUGCUGUGGCGCUGGCGACAGGCGGGGCCGCGAGCGCCGAGGGGCCCUGGCGGCCCGGGCCGCUGCAGGACGAGACCCUGGGCGUGGCGUCCGUGCCUUCGCAGUGGAGGGGCGUCCAGGGCAACCGCGGGGAGACGAAAAGUUGCCAGACGACCGGCAUUGCCACUGCCGAAGCGUCUGUCCAGACCCGGAGGCAUGCAGAUGCGGAGGUACAGACUGAGGCCCCUGUGCCCGUGGGCGUGCUGCCUGUGUCCCGGCCAGGCAGCCCCCGGCUCGCAGCCUUUCUUCGGAGAGUGGAGGCCAUGGUUAUCCGAGAGCUGAACAAGAAUUGGCAGAGCCACGCAUUUGAUGGCUUCGAGGUGAACUGGACCGAGCAGCAGCAGACGGUGGCCUGUCUACACACCCUGGGCUACCCCCCAGCCCAAGGGCAGGGACUGCAUGUGACCAGUGUCUCCUGGAACAGCACAGGCUCUGUGGUGGCCUGUGCCUAUGGCCGGCUGGAUGAUGGGGACUGGAGCACGCUGAAGUCCUUUGUGUGUGCCUGGAACCUGGACCGGCGAGGCCUGAAUCCCCGGCAGCCGGCAGCGGUGGUGGAGGUGCCCAGCGCUGUCAUGUGCCUGGCCUUCCACCCCACGCAGCCAUCCCAGAUCGCAGGUGGGCUCUACAGUGGCGAGGUGCUGGUGUGGGACAUGAGCCGUCCUGAGGACCCAUUGCUCUGGCGUACAGGCCUGACGGAUGACACACACACAGACCCCGUGUACCAGGUGGUGUGGCUGCCUGAGCCCCGCCACAGCCACCACUUCCGGGUGCUGAGUGUGGCCACCGACGGGAAGGUGCUGCUCUGGCAGGGGGCCGGGCCGGGCCAGCUGCAGCUCACGGAGGGCUUCGCGCUGGUCGUGCAGCAGCUGCCUCGCAACACCAAGCUGAAGAAGCCUCAGCGGGGGGAGACUGAGGUGGGAACCACGGCGGUGGCCUUCUCCAGCUUUGACCCCAGCCUCUUCAUUCUGGGCACGGAAGGCGGCUUCCCGCUCAAGUGUUCCCUGGCGGCGGAAGAGGCUGCUCUCAAGCGGAUGCCUAGCUCGGUGCCCCUGCGGGCCCCGGCACAGUUCAUCUUUUCUCCCCAUGGUGGCCCCAUCUACUCUGUGAGCUGUUCCCCCUUCCACAGGAAUCUCUUCCUGAGCGCAGGGACUGAUGGGCAUGUCCACCUGUACUCCAUGCUGCAGGCCCAGCCCCUGACCUCCCUGCAGCUGUCCCACAAGUACCUGUUUGCUGUGCGCUGGUCCCCAGUGCGUCCCUUGGUGUUUGCAGCAGCUUCUGGUGAAGGUGAGGUGCAGCUGUUUGAUCUCCAGAAAAGCUCCCAGAAACCCACAGUUUCAAUCAAGCAAACCCAGGAUGAAAGCCCUGUCUACUGUCUUGAAUUUAAUCGCCAUCAGACUCAGCUGUUGGCUGCUGGCGAUGCCAAGGGCACAGUGAAGGUGUGGCUGCUGAGCACUGAGUUCACUGAACAAGGGCCCCGGGAAGCAGAGGACUUGGAGCAGCUGGCAGCAGAGGUGGCCAUUUGAGGACGACAAAGCUGUGGCCAGGGGUGUCCCUAAAUAUACAGAGGCAGAUGGGGUGAAGCUACAUCUGUGCUGAACUGUGUAUUUCUGACGGAAGCUGAAUGAAGGAAGACAAG